AUGUCGGACGACAUCCCUGGCGAGGACUCCGACGAGGAGGAGAUCUGGGGCCUCCUCGCGGGCAGCGCCCCGGACGCGGAGGUGCUCUCCCCACACGCGGCCGCCCCGCCUGGCACUGCCAGGCCCACCGGCGCUGGCGCCCCUGCCGGGGGGGCCGCCGCGCGCGCGGCCGUGCAGUCGUGCGCGGCGGGCGGCCCGUGCUGCGGAGGGCGCGAGGCUGUGGCGGCCGAGGCGGCCGAGCCUGCCCGCGAGGGGGCCGCCGCGGUGGGCGCCCGCAGCGCGCUGGCGCUUGCGCAGGCGGGCCCCUGGGACGACGCGCGGCUGAGCGUGGCGGUCUCCAGUCGGCUGCCUGCCAGGUUCAACUUCGACGUCCCGCGGACUGCGCGGCGGCUGCACCGCUGCGGGGCGCGGCACGUCGGCCUGCAGAUGCCCGAGGGCCUGCAGCAGUGGGCCACGGACGUGGCCGACAUCCUCCGGGAGUUCGUGCCCUCCGUGGAGAUCACCACGAUCUUCGGCGACGUCUCUUACGGAGCUUGCUGUAUCGACGACCUCGGUGCGAAGGCGCUCGGCGUUGACUUUCUGGUGCACUAUGGUCAUUCCUGCCUAGUGCCGACCGACCAGACCACAGUAACGACGCUGUACGUGCAUGUCGAAGUCCUAAUCGACGUGGCGCAUCUGGUCGAAACAGUGAAGGCGAACUUCUCUGCAGACAAGCACAUUGAUUUCAUGGGGACCGUGCAGUUCACCUCUGGUAUCAAUCAGGCGGUCGGCCAGCUGCGGCAGGAGCACUUCUCGGACCCCGAGGCGGGCCGCGUUCCGCAGGUGCGGCCCCUCGGCGUCGGCGAGGUGCUGGGCUGCACUUCGCCCAAGGUCGAGGCAUCGACUGACGCGGUGGUUUUUGUGUGCGAUGGCCGGUUCCACUUGGAAAGCGCCAUGAUACAGAACCCGUACGUACCGAUGGGCUUCUUCAGAUACGAUCCGUUUGCGCUGACCUUCACCCGCGAGAGCUUCGCCCACGAACGUUUACACAGUACCAGGCGCGCGGUCAUCCAGGCCGCGAGGGGCGCCACGUUCGUGGGGCUCAUCCUCAGCACGCUCGGGCGGCAGGGGAGCAUCGGUGUGCUUGAGGAGGUGGAGCGGCUCCUGGACCGCCGCGGCAUCAGGCACCUGACCGUGCUGCUAUCCGAGAUCAACCCCGAGCGUUUGGGCCUCUUCCGCGGCGUGGGCGCCUGGGUGCAGGUCGCCUGCCCGCGGCUCUCCCUGGACUGGGGCGAGGCGUACUCGUCGCCGCUGCUGACCCCCUACGAGGCGCACGUGGCCUUCGGCGACCUGGCAUACAAGGACGUGUACCCGAUGGACUACUACUCCAACAAAGGAGGGCCAUGGUCGAACUACGGCGUCGCGCACGCCGGCGGCCACGGCGGGAGCGUGGGACGGAAGUUCCGGAGCCUGCGGUCGCGCCACAAGCACGUCGAGUACGACAACGAUGCUGACUGA